GGCGAGCACGCUUAUGAUGCUGAUUGACGGGGGCGGGGAGGGGUGCGCCGGGGGCGCGCGGCGGCGACGGCGUGCUGUAGGUGUCAUAAGGAAGAUGGCGGCGUGCAGAGGAGGCUGAGGGCUUCGAGCCCGUGGUGAGAGGUUUCCGUACAGUCGCAGCGAGGGGUUUGGGGAUCUCUGCGCUCUAUUCUUGUUCUCUGUUUUGACGUAUGCGUCCACCCAGGCCCCUGGGCGUGAUGUGGCGGAUCUGCCCCCGGCUGAGGGACCGGGGACGCGGUCUCUUGAACCGGCCUUUCAGUGACCCCACCGCCUCAAAGUGGCCGAGGCCAGGCCCGCGGCCUCCAGCCAGGGCCUACGUACCACCCACAGAAAGGAAGAGGUUUUAUGAGAACGUCAGCAUCUCACAGGGUGAAGGUGGCUUUGAGAUAAACCUGGACCACAGAAAGCUGAAAACUCCCCAAGCCAAGCUUUUUACCGUCCCCAGUGAGGCCCUGGCCAUUGCAGUGGCCACCGAAUGGGACUCCCAGCAGGAUACCAUCAAGUUCUACACCAUGCACCUGACCACAUUGUGCAACACAUCCUUGGACAAUCCAACCCAGCGAAACAAGGAUCAGCUGAUCCGGGCAGUGGUGAAGUUCCUGGACACUGACACCAUCUGCUACAGGGUGGAAGAGCCAGAGACAUUAGUGGAACUUCAAAAGAACGAAUGGGAUCCAAUCAUAGAAUGGGCUGAGGAAAGAUACGGCGUGGAGAUCGGCUCCUCCACCAGCAUAAUGGGACCCAGCAUACCUUCCCAGACCCGAGAGGUGCUCAUCAGCCACUUGUCCUCUUACAACAUGUGGGCCCUACAAGGGAUUGAGUUUGUAGUGGCCCAGCUCAAGUCCAUGUUGCUGACCUUGGGCCUGAUCGACCUGCGCCUGACUGUAGAGCAGGCUGUGCUUCUGUCACGCCUGGAGGAGGAGUACCAGAUCCAGAAGUGGGGCAACAUAGAGUGGGCCCACGACUAUGAACUCCAGGAGCUGCGGGCUCGCACUGCCGCCGGCACCCUCUUUGUCCACCUCUGCUCGGAGAGUUCUACGGUCAAGCACAAGCUCCUGCAAGAGUGAGGCCUGGUCGCAAAUGCUGGCGGAAAGGAACUGCACAGACACGGGUGCUCUGAUCCGGGCUCCCCUGGCUGCUGGAUCUCUGGACCUGUGGGGUACCCAGUGUGUACCUGGGUCUUCCCCGGCCUUUGUGGCUUGGCCUUAUCCAGAAGCACCCUGGGAUGCCCUGGAGAUGCAAUGUGCCUGUCUUGAGGUCAGACAGCUUCCAACCCCUGCAGGCACCUUUGGCCUGUCCAGGAAUGAGGGAGGCAUAGGGACUUUCUCUGGACCCUGAUUUUAUGAAAUACUUUUUCAUUCUGUAAAUACAUCAAGCCUCAUUCUCAUGUGAGUCUCAGCAUUUCUCCAUUCUUGUUUUACCUAAGCUUUGUCACCAUUUUUACAUCUGCAUUAACCAACGGCUGGGAACCUCACUGCGGGAGGGGGCAGGAAAUGAGCACAUCACCACACAACCUUUUCAUCUUCAGCCCUCAGCCUGAAGGCCUUUUCCCCUGGCUUCCCACCAGGUGAUCUUUUGAAAGUAAGCCUUUGGUCUAAGCUGCUUGGUUACUGUUUGUUCUUUCUAUCCUUAAAAAAAAAACAAAACUGAUUUACUCUUAAAAAUAUAAGUUGUUUCUGGGAUGAAUGCAAAGGUGGCCCUGCCCUGGUUACUCAGAUGCAGUGCUAUGAUCUGGAUAUGGGGUGUCCUCCUAUUGUGGAAUUAUGUCCUCUGGGUAUGCCAUGGCCACUGGUUUCUUAAAGUCAGAGCAUCUGUAAUACCCACACAGAAUUGGGUUCAUUAAUAUCCCUCAUGGAUGAUGGGAGAGUUCAUCUACUAAAUAAGUAGUUAACAAUUGCUAGAGUAAGUGGGAACUCUACUGCAGGCCACCCUAAUAGUCUCAUGGUUCUCCAGGCUAGACUGGAUGGAAUUGUUUCUUUGGUUUGUCAUUAUCUGGAGUGAGUAGUAGACUCCUCAGAAAGUCAUAUAUACCUGGUGCCGGAAUAAAGACAUAACAGAACCAAAUAUGAGCCUGGAAGGAGCAUCUGCAGCUGAGGCUGAGCCAUCUGAGGGUGGAGAUCAGUACUUGGGUGGCAGACCUCCUCUGUGGUACAUAGUAGUUCUCGCUAUAGUGGCAGUUUGUGGUCCUGCUCUGGGUAAUAAGACCUGCAGCUGAGGCUGGAACAUUGAAGGUAGAGGCUCCUUGUGGUGGCCAGGGGAUUACAGGAUGGCCAGGGGAUUACAGUGGCAUGCCUUCUCCGUGAAUGGAGUCUGAGAGUACAGGAGAUGCCCUCAGAUGGCUGAUGGACUCAGAGCAUAUUGCAGUCACUGAAAGUAGUACCUAUGUGAAGGACUCCUAAAUAGGCUGUGAUAGCAUUUACAUGUUUUUACUGUGAGACAUGCAACUGAGGCUGAGCUGACUGCCCAGAGAGAAUCUGUGCCUACACAGGAGGAACUUAGAGUGGGAAGGUGCCAGUACUGUCUUCUCGGGACAAGUAGAAAAGGGAAGGCUGAGAAUGAAGCAGAAGUGAUACAAGAUACCUUCAGAUCCAGUCAGUAUAAAGGAAGGGAAAAUACAUGAUUUAACAUGUUGAUGGGGGCCAUAAUGGACCAGUGCCAGAACUAUUACAGUCAGGGAAUACUCUGACUUUUUUAACCUGCAAAGCAGUAUACCUGGAACAGAGAUUCUAAGUAGGAAACAGUGAAAGCAAUGAGAUAUCCAAAGGUCAGAUUCUGAGGACACUAUGCCAAAUUAAGGACCUUGGAACUCUUGUAUAUGUACCAAAUUUUUUUGUUUUGUUUUUGUUUUUCAAGACAGGGUUUCU